GCGGCCGUCAGUCGCGGGGCGGGCCCGGGGAGGGGGCCGGUGGUGGUGGCGGAGGGGGGGAGGUCCCGGCCAUGGCCCAGCUGGAGACGCAGUACCAGCGGCUGGAGAGCUCCUCCACGGAGUCCCCGCCCGGCGGCGGAGACCUCCUGGUGCACGUCCCUGAGGGAGCCAAGUCUCCGUGGCACCACAUAGAGAACCUGGACCUCUUCUUCUCUCGGGUCUAUAACCUGCAUCAGAAGAAUGGCUUCACCUGCAUGCUCAUCGGGGAGAUCUUUGAGCUCAUGCAGUUCAUCUUCGUGGUGGCGUUCACCACCUUUCUUAUCAGCUGUGUUGAUUAUGACAUCCUCUUUGCCAACAAGGCAGUAAAUCACAGCCAGCAUCCAAGUGAGCCCAUUAAGGUGACUCUGCCAGAUGCCUUCCUGCCUCCAAAUGUCUGCAGUGCAAGAAUCCAGGCAAACAGCUUCCUCAUCUGCAUCCUGGUGAUAGCUGGAGUUUUCUGGCUCCACCGGCUUGUCAAAUUUAUUUACAAUAUUUGCUGCUACUGGGAGAUUCACUCUUUCUACAUCAACGCCCUCAGAAUCCCCAUGUCCAACCUGCCCUACUACACCUGGCAGGAGGUGCAGGCCCGCAUCGUGCAGAUCCAGAAGGAGCACCAGAUCUGCAUCCACAAGAAGGAGCUGACAGAGCUGGACAUCUACCACCGCAUCCUCCGCUUCAAGAACUACAUGGUGGCCAUGGUGAACAAGUCGCUGCUGCCCAUCCGCUUCCGCCUGCCCCUGCUGGGAGACACCGUCUUCUACACGCGGGGGCUCAAGUACAACUUCGAGCUCAUCUUCUUCUGGGGGCCUGGCUCUCUCUUCGAGAACGAGUGGAGCCUGAAGGCCGAGUACAAGCGGGCUGGGAACCGCCUGGAGCUGGCCGAGAAGCUCAGCACUCGCAUCCUCUGGAUUGGCAUCGCCAACUUCCUCCUCUGCCCUCUCAUCCUCAUCUGGCAGAUCCUCUACGCCUUCUUCAGCUACACGGAGAUCCUGAAGCGGGAGCCGGGCAGCCUGGGUGCCCGCUGCUGGUCUCUCUACGGCCGCUGUUACCUCCGUCACUUCAACGAGCUGGACCACGAACUGCACUCGCGCCUCAGCAAAGGCUACAAGCCAGCUUCCAAGUACAUGAACUGCUUCAUCUCCCCGCUCCUCACCAUCGUGGCCAAGAACGUGGCCUUCUUUGCUGGCUCCAUCCUGGCGGUGCUCAUCGCUCUCACCAUCUACGACGAAGACGUGCUGGCUGUCGAGCACGUCCUGACCACGGUCACCCUGCUCGGGGUGGGCAUCACGGUGUGCAGGUCCUUCAUCCCCGACCAGCACCUGGUGUUUUGCCCAGAGCAGCUGCUGCGAGUCAUCCUGGCGCACAUCCACUACAUGCCUGACCACUGGCAGGGCAAUGCCCACCGCUAUGAGACCAGGGACGAGUUUGCCCAGCUCUUCCAGUACAAAGCGGUCUUCAUCCUGGAGGAGCUCCUGAGCCCCAUCAUUACCCCCCUGAUCCUCAUCGUCUGCCUGCGGCCCAAGUCCUUGGACAUCGUCGACUUUUUCCGCAACUUCACCGUGGAGGUGGUGGGUGUGGGCGACACCUGCUCCUUCGCCCAGAUGGACGUGCGCCAGCAUGGCCACCCGGCGUGGAUGUCAGCAGGAAAGACGGAGGCCUCCAUUUACCAGCAGGCGGAGGAUGGCAAGACGGAGCUGUCCCUCAUGCACUUCGCCAUCACCAACCCCAAGUGGCAGCCACCCCGCGAGAGCACGGCCUUCAUCGGCUUCCUCAAGGAGCGGGUGCACCGCGACAGCAGCGUGGCACUGGCCCAGCAGGCUGUGCUCCCCGAAAACGCCCUCUUCAGCUCCAUCCAGUCCCUGCAGUCAGAGUCGGAGCCUCACAGCCUGAUUGCCAAUGUGAUAGCGGGCUCCUCGGCGCUGGGCUUCCACAUGGGCCGUGAUGGACAGGCUUCUCGCCACCUCUCCGAAGUGGCCUCGGCCCUGCGCUCCUUCUCCCCGCUCCAGUCUGCCCAGCAGCCCCCCGGUGGCUUCCAGACGGCAGGAAGGGACGGAGAGGGCGCCCAGGCUCGGGGCGCCAGUGCCAUGACGGCCUCUGGUGCUGAUGCGAGGACCGUGAGCUCGGGGAGCAGUUGCCUGGGAGGGUCAGCUGCAGAGAGCAUGAUUCUCUCAGAUUAUGCCUCCCACUGAGAUGAGUCUCCACGCGCUCGCUCUACAUGCACGAGCUGCCAAGCGCGCACGCCCAGCUGGAGCCGAGCGGCACACUUGGCACCGGCGGAGUUGAGAGCGACGACGAGCGGGGGAGAGCACCCACGAGGAGCUGGAUGCUCAGCGGGGUGCCCCUGUCCCCAUCCCUCGCUCUGCCAGCCUAGACCCCUUCUCCUCGCCGCGGCAGCCUGCCGAGGAGACGUCCACGCUGCAGACUGGGGCUUUGUCCAGCGGCGCUACGGUGGCAUCACAGACCCAGGCACAGUGCAAACAGAGCCCCGUCACACUCUCUCCCGCCUCCCGCCUAGGAGGCCUGGGGCUGAGAUGACGGGCAGGCAGCGAGGCACCCAGAGCCCGUGCCAGAGGAGAGCUCGGAGGAUGAGCUUCCACCGCCAGAUCCACAAG